AUGGCAUUCCCUGUGGAUAUGCUGGAUAAUUGCAGUCAUGAGGAAUUGGAAAAUUCUGCUGAAGAUUAUAUGUCAGAUCUAAGAUGUGGGGACCCUGAAAACCCUGAACGUUUUUCUCUUCUCAAUAUUACGAUUCCUAUUAGCCUGUCAAAUGUAGGCUUUGUACCUCUUUAUGGUGGAGAUCAGACCGAGAAAAUUCUUGCUCUUUUUGCACCUGAGGACUCACUCACAGCUGUGGCACUUUAUCUUGCUGAUCAAUGGUGGGCUAUUGAUGAUAUUGUGAAAACAUCUGUCCCUUCUAGAGAAGGGCUUAAGCAGGUGAGAACUCUUGGGGAGAGAGUGGUUCUGUAUGUUCUGAACCGGAUUAUUUAUAGAAAACAGGAAAUGGAGAGAAAUGAGAUACCAUUCCUGUGUCAUAGCAGUACUGAUUACGCCAAGAUUCUGUGGAAGAAAGGAGAAGCCAUUGGGUUUUAUUCAGUUAAGCCUACAGGAAGCAUAUGUGCCUCAUUUCUUACCCAAAGCUACCAACUGCCAGUUCUUGAUACGAUGUUUGUAAGAAAGAAAUACCGAGGCAAAGAUUUUGGGCUUCAUAUGCUGGAGGACUUUGUUGAUUCCUUUACGGAAGAUGCUCUUGGCUUGCGGUAUCCACUCUCCUCUCUCAUGUACACAGCUUGCAAGCAGUACUUUGAAAAGUAUCCAGGAGACCAUGAACUCCUUUGGGAGGUUGAAGGUGUUGGACACUGGUACCAGCGAAUACCAGUCACCAGAGCAUUACAGAGAGAAACACUUAAAAUUACAGCAGUUUCUCAAAAUGAAGCUAAAAGACCUAUGUCUGGAGAGUAUGGUCUUUCAUCUGUUCCAGAAUAUGAAGCAGAAACUGAAGACAAUCAGUCUAGUGAGAUGCAGCUAACUAUUGACUCUCUAAAAGAUGCCUUUGCAAGUACUUCUGAAGGUCAUGAUAAAACACCAGUUUCCACUCGUACUCGAAGUAGUCAUCUGAAGCGGCCAAAGAUUGGGAAGCGGUUUCAGGAUUCUGAAUUUAGUAGUUCUCAAGGAGAAGAUGAAAAGACAUCCCAGACUUCACCUACAGCUUCAAUAAACAAAUUGGAAUCUACUGCACGCACAUCAGAGAGCUCAGAAGAAUUCCUGGAAGAAGAACCUGAACAAAGUGUGAUUGAAUUUGAGGACGAAAGUAGUGAUAAGGAUGCUCGGCCUGCACCAGAAACCCAACCACGUGUGGAAAAGCAAGAUGGUGAAAAGGAAUCUGAAUUAGAGCCUAUGAAUGGUGAGAUAAUGGAUGAUACUCUUAAAACCUCACUUAUAACUGAAGAGGAGGACUCCACCAGUGAAGUUUUAGAUGAAGAAAUAAAAUUGCAGUCUCUUAAUUCCAGCGAAGACUCUACCACUCUUGUUCCACUGGUGGUAGAAUCUUCAAAACCCCCUGAUACUGUUGCACAGGAUAAGACCUCACAUAUAACUGACUCAGAAAUGUUGCUGGACGAAGGCCCAUCUGAUGAAAAGGGGCACACUGAAGAGAAACUGCCACUAGUUUCAAGAAAGAAAGCACAUUUUGGGAGUUCAGACAAUGUUGCUACUAUCCCAAACGAAGAACGAUCUGACAGUGGUUUUCCAAACUCUGUGAUAGCUGAAUUUUCUGAGGAAUCAAUCUCUGAAAAUUUAUCACCCAACACUACUUCUUCAUUGGAAGACCAGGGUGACGAGGGGGUACCUGAGCCCCAGGAAACGUCUACAGCUCUUUCUCAGAGCUCUUUGAUAGAAGUUGAACUUGAAGAUGUGCCAUUUUCACAGAACGCGGGACAGAAGAACCAGUCAGAGGAGCAGUCUGAAGCAUCUUCUGAGCAACUGGAUCAGUUUACGCAGUCAACAGAAAAAACUGUGGAUAGCAGCUCAGAGGAAAUAGAAGUGGAAGUGCCUGUGGUAGACAGGCGGAAUUUAAGAAGAAAGGCCAAAGGGCAUAAAGGACCUGCUAAGAAGAAAGCCAAGCUGACAUGAAUGAAGAAGAUACGCAGAUGAUAAAUCCUCUUUGUAACAUUAUUGUUGUUUUUAAAAUAUGGUGAUUAAUA